AUGGUUAGAUCGCGCAAGAGCUCGACAGUCCAACGAUCUCAUCCCAACCUCAGCUCAGCAACACCAGAACCUCUUCCAGGCUCAGGAACUCUUGCCGGCACUCGAACUCGGGACGAGGAAGACUGUCAAAGCCCGCAGCAGGAAGCAGAAGAACCACUACUGAAAUCUAGCAGCCAAGCAUCCCACGGCCACCCACCCAAAAAUGAACCCGAACCCUUCGCGACUUCCACCUUCCUGAUCUCCUCGUGCGUCGCACUAGGUCUCUUCCUACUCUUCUUUUGUCUAGCCCCAUCCAUCUCGCCCCUCUUCCCACGAUCAAAUAACUUGAAUACCCCUUCUCUCGAAAAGACCACGGGAACGGCGACCACAGACCAAGCCCCGACCAGCUCCAAAAAGCCGACCAUCAAAUUUGUCAAACCCUCUGCCCCGCCCGGUAGUAUUACCGACAACACAGACAACUGGGCUGCCCAAGGCGGUAGUUGGAAAGAUUCGGACCCCAAUGCUGAAGACAGGAUUGCUGAACUUGCGGCACCUCUGUUUAAUGGGACACAUCGAUUUAAGAAAACGGUGAUCAUCGUCUCAUUGGAUGGGUUCAGAGCAGAAUAUCUGGAGAGGAAUCUAACACCGCGGCUGACGACGAUCCGGGAGAAACUCGGCGUCUCGGCCGACUACCUCGAGCCCCAGUUUCCGACACUCACCUUCCCCAACCACUGGUCAAUGCUGACAGGCCUCUACCCGGAGUCACAUGGGAUCAUCGCCAAUGACUUCCGCGACCCUAACCUGGGGAAAAGCUUCAGUAACGUCGAUCCUCAUAAAUCUUGGGACCCAGUCUGGUGGAAUGGCGAACCUAUCUGGGCAACGGCUACCAAACAUGGAAUCCGCACCGCUGUCUCCAUGUGGCCUGGUCCGCCUUAUACCAGUGAUCAGACUCGCCCGACUUAUUGGCGUGCAUUUGAGGAUCGAUAUAAAUGGUGGAAGAAGAUUCGGCAGCUCGAGAAUUGGCUAGAUUUACCAGUGAAAGACCGCCCGGAGUUCAUAGCCUUAUAUGUCCCAGAUGUGGACCAGAUGGGCCACCAAUAUGGGCCGACGGAUGCCAAGUUCAACCAAUCCUUACAGAGCGUCGACCGGUUCGUGGGCUCACUCUACGACAGUCUACAAGCCCGGAACCUGAGCGAGAUUGUCGAUGUUCUGAUCGUCGGCGAUCACGGAAUGAUGGCCACGAGUGACGAAAGGAUCGUCUACCUCGAUGAGGUCUUAGGUCACACGUACUUCAAUCAGAUCCAAUUCCAAGAUGGUUGGCCGGCUGCUGGUUUAAGGUUUCUUCCCGAAGUCGAUACUCGGCCGAUCUUGGAAAGGUUGAUCGAACAAUCUAAGAUUCUACCUGGCUUUGAAGUGCAUACCCAUGAGACGAUGCCCAAGCGAUGGCACUUUACUGCAAACGAGAGAAUCGCGCCGAUCUACGUGUUUCCUAAACCUGGUUGGGUCAUUAGUAAUACUCAUGAACACAAGGUGAUCAUGAAUGGAACAUAUAAUGUCAAAGGAGUGCAUGGAUACGAUAACGAAGAAGAAACCAUGAGAUCGAUCUUCAUAGGAUACGGGCCAUUUGCGAACACAAUCAAGGCCAACCAACUCCGCUCGAUCCGACAUCGACCAUCAACAAACAAUCUCCCUCUUGUUGUCGGAAAACUGAACAAGUUCUCAAACUUGGAAAUCUUUAGCUUGAUCUCUAAGUUACUCGAGCUCGAUCGUUACAUCGACUUUAAUCAACGUAAUUGUACAACUGGGUUUUGGAACCAGUACUUCUAA